AUGGGUCAAAGUUGUAAUGGAUGUUAGUGUUAGCAUCGUUCUAAUGAAGUGAUUCAAGAGAUUUAUGUUAAAAAGAAACCUAAGAAAAAGGUAGAAAAAUAAGAUAAGGGUGAGAAAUAAUAAUAAAAGAGAGAGAAUGUUAAGAAAUUGAUUGAUGAUAGUUAAUAAGAUAAGAAUAAAAUUUCAUAAGGAGAUGCAGCAGUAAAAAUAUAAAGAAAUUGGAAGAAGCAUAGGAAAUAAAAAUAAAAAGAAAUAAGAGUUUAGAGAGUAGGAGGUCAUAUGAAAUAAUAAUACUUUAAAGAAGAGAGAGCAAAUUCAUAAACAGCUAUAGAUGCUAAUAGAGUAAAGAGUGAAGCAUAUAAGUGAUAAAUAAUGUGAAAUUAGAUUUCAUUCAGGUGCAAUAUAUGAAGGAGAAUGGAAAGAUAAAAAGAGAGAUGGAUUUGGUAUAUAAAAAUGGCCAGAUGGAGCUAGAUAUGAAGGUUAAUGGGUAGAAAAUAAGGCUUGUGGAUAAGGAAAGUUUUAUCAUGCUGAUGGAGAUUUAUUUGAAGGAGAAUGGAAAGACGAUAAAGCAAAUGGUUGGGGAAUAUAUAGUCAUUUUAAUGGAGCUAAGUAUGAAGGAGAAUGGAAGGAUGAUUUAUAACAUGGAAAGGGAAUAGAAACUUGUAUGAUCAUAAGAUGUUAUGAUAGGGUAGGAUAAAUCAAAAUAUUGUGGAGAUUAUAUUGAUGGAAAGAAAUAUGGUAAAGGUAGAUAUGAUUGGGCAGAUGGUUCAUAUUACGAAGGAGAAUGGAAAGAUAAUAAAAUUAAUGGUUUUGGUACAUAUAAAUGGGCAGAUGGUCGUGGUUAUACUGGAUAAUGGUUAUGGAAUAAUAUGAAUGGAGCAGGAGUUUAUAAAUGGUAAGACGGUAGAAAAUAUGAUGGAUAAUAUUUAAAUGAUAAAAAACAUGGUUAGGGAAUUUAUUAUUGGGCAGAUGGUAGAAAAUAUGAAGGAGGAUGGAAAAAUGGUAAAUAACAUGGCACUUCUAAAUACUAUUUAAAUGAUGGAACUAUUAAAAUUGGUAUUUGGGAAGAUGGUAAAAGAAUUAAAUGGUUAGAUGAUUUAUGA